AGAGAGAGCGAGAAGAGAGCACAGAGGAGCUGGAGGAGCUGCUGUGGGAGGAGGGCAGACGUGACGGGAGCACCCAAAACAGAAGCUGCCGGGAGUACGACACGGACAGAGGGACGGGAAAGCAAAGACCGGAUCUUAUCUGCGGCACAUUUUGGAGAUUUGAGCAGCCGGAUACGCGCUCUGUUAACGACGGCGGCUUUUCCCCUGCGGUUAAAAAAACACAUCAGCACGGGUGUUUUUGGUGAGGAGGUCUGCUCUUCCUCUUCAGAAAGGACAGUCUGUGACGGAGGGCUGUGCUCAGACUGAAGGCACGGUGGAGGAGUUGGGAUGUCCUGAGUCAGUCCCUUGGUCCCUGAGAGCAGCUUGCUGAUGGGACCUGCUGCGCCGCCAUGAGCCUACAAGAUGGCGGCUGCAGCUACACCAGCAGCGCCAACAUGGCCACCAUUAGUGGCAGCAUGCGGCGGCGCCUGGAGGACCAGGAGUUCACCCUGCGCGUCUAUCCGGGCUCCCUGGCUGAGGGCACCAUCUACUGCCCCGUCACCGCCCGCAAGAACACCACUGCUGCUGAAGCCAUCGAGUGCCUCAUCGAACGGCUACACCUGGACCGUACCAAAUGCUACGUGUUGGCCGAGGUGAAGGAGUUCGGUGGGGAAGAGUGGAUCCUCAAUCCCGGCGACUGCCCGGUUCAGCGGAUGAUGCUGUGGCCAAGAACCGCCCUGGAAAACCGUAGUGGCUUGUGCAGUGGCGAGGAUUACCGCUUCCUCCUGCGGGAGAAGAACCUGGAUGGAUCUAUUCAUUACGGGGGCAGCCUUCAAAUGUGGCUGCGGGUGACUGAGGAACGAAGGCGCAUGGUCGAACGGGGUUUCCUCCCCCAGCCUGCAGGGAGCGACCCACCUUGUGACCUGUGCGCUCUCCCGGAGCUAACGGAGCGCGCCCUUUUGGAGAGCCUCCGUGCACGCUUCCGCCAGGAGAAGAUCUACACUUAUGUUGGGAGUAUUCUUAUCGUGAUUAACCCCUUCCAGUUCCUGCCAAUCUAUAAUCCCAAAUAUGUCAAAAUGUACGACAACCACACGCUGGGGAAGCUGGAGCCCCACAUUUAUGCUGUGGCAGAUGUGGCGUAUCAUGCCAUGUUGCAGAGGCGGAAGAACCAGUGCAUAGUGAUUUCUGGUGAAAGUGGAUCUGGGAAGACCCAAAGCACCAACUUCCUCAUCCAUCACCUGACAGCCCUCAGCCAGAAGGGCUUUGCCAGUGGGGUGGAGCAGAUCAUCCUGGGAGCGGGGCCUGUGUUAGAGGCCUUUGGGAAUGCUAAGACGGCCCAUAACAACAACUCCAGCCGCUUUGGGAAGUUCAUCCAGGUCAACUAUCAGGAGAGUGGCACAGUCCGGGGCGCGUACGUAGAGAAGUACCUGCUGGAGAAAUCACGUCUGGUGUACCAGGAGCACAAUGAGAGGAACUACCAUGUGUUUUACUACCUGUUGGCUGGAGCCAGUGAAGAGGAGAGGAAGGCCUUCCACCUGCUCAAACCUGAGGAAUAUCACUACCUCAACCAGAUGACAAAGAAAUCGCACAAACUCUACUGGGACAAUUACUAUGAGAGUGAGCUGCAGGACUGCUUCACAGUGGAAGGAGAAGAUCUAAAACACGACUUUGAGCGGCUGCAGCUGGCUAUGGAGAUGGUUGGCUUCUUGCCCACAACACGCAAACAGAUUUUCUCCCUGCUGUCAGCCAUCCUCCACCUGGGAAACAUCCGCUACAAGAAGAAGACCUACAGGGAUGAUUCCAUCGAUAUCUGCAACCCAGAGGUCCUGCCCAUCGUCUCAGAGCUGCUAGAGGUGAAGGAGGAGAUGCUUCUUGAAGCACUGACAACCAGGAAGACGGUGACUGUUGGAGAAAGGCUCAUAGUGCCCUACAAGCUUGCAGAGGCGGGCACAGUGAGGGACUCCAUGGCCAAGUCACUGUACAGCGCGCUGUUUGACUGGAUUGUGUUCAGGACCAACCAUGCCCUGCUGAACAACAAGGACCUGGAGGACAGUUCAAAGAUCCUGUCUAUAGGAGUGCUGGACAUCUUUGGCUUUGAGGAUUAUGAGAACAACAGUUUUGAACAGUUCUGUAUCAACUUCGCCAACGAACGGCUUCAGCACUAUUUCAACCAACACAUCUUCAAACUGGAGCAGGAAGAGUACAGGGCAGAGGGCAUCACCUGGCACAACAUCGACUACAUCGACAACAGUGGCUGCAUCAACCUAAUCAGCAAGAAACCCACAGCUCUGUUCCACCUGCUGGACGAGGAGUGCAAUUUCCCUCAAGCUUCCAAUCAGACCUUGCUGGACAAGUUCAAGCGUCAGCAUGAAGGAAACAGCUACAUCGAGUUCCCCGCUGUCAUGGAGCCUGCCUUCAUCAUCAGACACUACGCUGGGAAAGUCAAGUACGGAGUUAAGGACUUCAGGGAGAAGAACACUGACCACAUGCGUCCCGACAUUGUGGCCUUGCUCAAGAGCAGCAAGAACGCCUUCAUCUGUGGCCUGAUGGGAAUCGACCCCGUGGCGACCUUUCGCUGGGCCGUGCUCCGCGCUUACUUCAGAGCUCAUGUGGCGUUCAGGGAGGCUGGACGCAGACACACCCACAAAAAAACAGGGAAUGAUGCAGCAGUUCCCUGUGCUGUUGUUAAAACCGUUGACAGCUUCAGUUUUCUUCACCACCCUGUUCACCAGCGGAGCCUCGAGAUCCUUCAAAGAUGCAAAGAUGAGAAAUACAGUAUAACCAGGAAGAAUCCCCGCACCCCCUUGUCAGAUCUUCAAGGCACCAACGCCCUCAAUGAGAAGGCCAGCUGGGAUGGCUACAGCGUUGGAUGUAAUGGUCGCACCUCCAGGUCGGGUCGCCUCUCUUCGAUGGGAAGCCCCGCGCUGGAAGAAGAUGGGAUCUUCCUCAAUUCGAACAACAGCAAGCUCCUAGAGAGAGCUCAGGGAAUUCUAAUGAGAAACAAAAACUGCAAAACUAAACCAACCCUUCCCAAGCACUUGCUGGACAUUAAGUCUCUGCGCUACCUGAGCAGCGUGACACUCCACGACCGCAUCACCAAGUCUCUGCUUCAUCUGCACAAGAAGAAGAAGCCUCCCAGCAUCAGCGCUCAGUUCCAGGCGUCGCUCAAUAAGCUGAUGGAGACUCUGGAUCAGUCGGAGCCGUACUUUGUCAAGUGCAUUCGCUCCAACGCUGAGAAGCUGCCGCUGCGCUUCAACGACAGUCUGGUGCUCAGACAGCUGAGGUACACAGGUAUGCUGGAAACCGUCCGGAUCAGACAAUCAGGAUACAGCAGCAAGUACACCUUUCAGGACUUUGUGCAUCACUUCCAUGUGCUGCUGCCUCGGGGCACCAGCCCCACAAAGUCAGGUGUCAGGGAGUUCUUCAGACGGAUCCACCUCCCCCCUGCUGGGUACCAAGUGGGCAGCACCAUGGUGUUCCUGCGCGAGGCCGAGCGCCAGCGUCUUCAGACCCUCCUGCACCAGGAGGUCCUGCGGAGAAUCGUCAUGCUGCAGCGCCGCUUCAGGGCAGUUCUGGAGAGGAAGCACUUUGUCAACAUGAGACAAGCUGCGUGCACCAUUCAGCGAUGGUGGCGUUUCUGCCUCUUCAGGCAGUCCACCAUUGACCUGAGCGUUGAGGAGGGAGCGGUGGUGUGUCUACAGGCGGCUUGGAGGGGUUACAGAGAGAGGAGAAAGUUCCUGCACUGGCGGGAUUCAGCGAUCGUCAUACAGAGGAGCUGGAAAAACUGCUGCCAUCGGAGGGCUCUGGCAGCUACUACAAUUCAGACAGCCUGGAAGGGAUCCAGGGAGAGGAGGCGUUACCACAGAACGCAUGCAGCGGUGAUACAGUUACAGGCGAGGAGCAGAGGAUACCUCGCCCGACUCAGGUUUAGAGACUUCAAGGAGCAGCACGAGAGACUUGGUGAACAAACAAGUCUGUCAGCAGCGAUGGAGGCAGGAAGAAGAGAGCCCGCCUCAUCUGGACUGGAGAGUUAUGGCCAGGACAUCUCUGCAGAGCUCUCCGAAGACUCUAAGUCUGUUUCAUUUUAUGCAGCAGAGAUGGAAAAAGAAGAUGACUUGGAGCGAAGCAGGAGCACAGACGAGAGCAGCCAUAAGAACCGGUCGAAACGAGAGAGCAGACGAAUGAGAGAGCUGGAGCAGGCGCAGUUCAGCUUGGAGCUUCUUAAAGUCCGAAGUACCAGCGUGGGGGGUUCGCUGCCAGAAGACCCGGUCCCAAACAGCAGCAGCAGCUCUCAACAGGAUGAGCAUCACAGAUAUUCACCCCAAGGGUCCCCAGCUAGUCAUGGAAGUUUUGAAGUUCUCAGUGUGGAAGACAUGGAAACCGAAGGCUCUGGAGGAUAUAGUUCUCAGCUCAGUGUACUUCAGGAACAGCCCCAGACGCUGGAUAUUCAACUUCAGCAGGGGCUGAGAGAUUCCAACUAUAAUGAAAAGCCUGUGACUGAGUUGCCAAACAAAGUGGAGGCCCCGAGGGCAACUUUUUAUAUUGCUUCUGACCAAAGUCCAGCUCAUGAACCAAAAUCUGAAAGCCCCAGCAGAUCUUACAGAGAAAGAAGGGAGUCCACGUCUCGAAGGCCUGUAGUGGUGUUAAUCAGUAUGCAGAAAGAGAGUCCUUUGGAAGAGGGAGAGCUGCUGGCAGCCCAAACUCUAGAAAGAGCUUCUCAAACAGGAGCACCCAAUGCCCAAAUGACCCCUAUUGCAGGCCUUGAGAUAGCAUCAGACAGGGAGCAGCCUCACGGCGUUUCCACCCAAGCCAAGAGAGACAUAUUUGGGGUCGAUAAGUCUUCAAAGGCUCCCUUCACUCGUGGAGAGAGUCAGGAAGGUCCGGGGAUUUGUUCCGCAGAGAUGGACAUCAAAAUAGCCCUGAAGCCCACAUGCAGCGUUCCUGCCGUACUCCCCACUCAGCAGGAGAGGAAGAUUACUAGGUCAGCAAAGGAGGCCCCCAGCCCGGUCCUGGACACCAAACCUCCAAAGGCCCAGAAGAAGAGCUCCGCCCAGACUGUGAUUGUGAACAUGGUGGAGAAACCCUCUAGUACCGUGUUCUCCCCACCCAGGCGCAAGCUGCCGUUCUCCAAGUCCGAUAAGGAUUUGGUGAACCAGGAACGAUCUCUCGCCAUGUUCAGAGAUGAUUCCAAGUCUGCUGGAUCCAGAAGCAGAGAGUCAUCUCACAAAGACCAGAAGAAAAUCCAUAAGACCAUGUCAUCAGGGGACUUGGGCAAGAUGGAGAUCCUCAGGAAAACCUCCAGUCAAGAUGGAAGCAGGAUGAGAGGGAAGAUGCGAUUCUGGAGUAAAACGAAACACAGUGAGAAAAAACUGUCAAGGGAGAAGCAGGCCAGCAUGAGUGAAGUUGGAGAAACACAUGCAGAAGGCCCGUCUCCUCCUCACAGUCCAGAUUUGGAGGCGGCUUCAUCUCGGGGGGUCAGGGACAGUAAGGAGAACAAGGAGCCGUCUCCCAAAAUGAAGAGACGUCGCAGCGUGAAGAUCAGCAGCAUCGCUCUGGAACCCGCCCAGUGGCAGAAUGACGCGCUGCACAUCCUCACCUCGGCCCACGACUAUCGCAGCAUGAACGACUUCCUCAUGAAGAAGAUUGCCGAUCUUGAUUCUGAAGAUGGUAAAAAGGACACCAUGGUGGAUGUUGUUUUUAAGAAAGCGCUGAAGGAAUUCAGGAUCAACAUCUUCAACUCGUACUCCACUGCCCUCGCUAUGGAUGAUGGUAAAAGCAUCCGUUACAAGGAUCUGUACGCGUUGUUUGAGCACAUCCUGGAGAAGACGAUGCGUAUGGAGCAGAGAGACUGGAGUGAGUCACCCGUGAAGGUGUGGGUCAACACGUUCAAGGUGUUCCUGGAUGAAUUCAUGACGGAGUAUAAGCCCAUGGAAGGAACCAUCGGCAGGGCUCCAAAACGAGAACGCAAGAAGUCAAGGAAGAAGGAAACUGAUAUUGUGGAGGAACACAACGGCCACAUUUUCAAGUCCACUCAGUACAGCAUCCCCACCUACUGCGAGUACUGCUCCUCCCUUAUCUGGAUGAUGGAUCGAGCCUGUGUCUGCAAAUUGUGUCGCUACGCCUGCCACAGGAAGUGCUGUUCCAAAAUGACCACGAAGUGCAGCAAGAAGUACGACCCGGAGCUGUCGUCACGGCAGUUCGGCGUGGAGUUGUCGCGUCUGACCAGCGAGGAGCGCACCGUACCCCAGCUGGUGGAGAAGCUCAUCAACUACAUCGAGAUGCACGGCCUCUACACAGAGGGCAUCUACAGGAAGUCGGGCUCCACCAAUAAGAUCAAAGAACUCCGACAGGGGCUGGACACAGAUGUCAGCAGCGUGAAUCUGGAUGACUACAAUAUCCACGUCAUUGCCAGUGUGCUCAAACAGUGGCUCCGUGACCUGCCAAGCCCUCUCAUGACCUUUGAACUCUACGAGGAGUUCCUGAGAGCCAUGGGUCAGCCAGACAAGCGGGAGGUGAUCCAUGGAGUGUAUUCGGUGAUCGACCAGCUCAGCAGGACACACCUCAGCACACUGGAGCGCCUCAUCUUCCAUCUGGUCAGGAUUGCCCUGCAGGAGGAGACAAACAGGAUGUCAGCCAACGCCCUCGCCAUCGUGUUUGCUCCCUGCAUCCUUCGCUGCCCCGACAGCAUUGACCCACUGCAGAGCGUCCAAGACAUCAGCAAGACCACAGCGUGUGUGGAGCUAAUCAUCAACGAGCAGAUGAGCAAGUACAAGGCUCGUCUGAAGGACAUCAGCAGUCUGGAGUUUGCAGAGAACAAAGCCAAGAGCAGGCUGACCCACAUCAGGAGGUCCAUGCCUAACACAGCUAAAGUUAAGAGCAAAAGCCGUGUUUGGCAAAGCAGCACCCACACGACCUCACCUCCUCUCAGCCCCAGAGCGCCCUCUGGGGUUGAUGGAGAAACUGCCGUAGGAGGAGGAGGAGUAGAGGAUGCAGCAGAGACCGUGCUCAAUGACCAGCAGGAGCUGGCGAUGCAGCAGGAGGAGCGAAUCCUCGCAGAGCAGAUUGAGAGUCUGCAGAAAGAAAAGGAGGAGCUGACCUAUGAAAUGCUGAUCCUGGAACCGCGGGCAUCUGAUGAUGAAACUCCUGAAUCUGAAGCCUCCAUCGGCACAGCAGAUAGCUCAGAGAAUAUCACCAUGGAUACGGAGGGAGCCACCUCUGACCCCUCUGAACGCGGCACAAUCCAAUCCAGAAAGUCAGAGGCGAAGAGCAGGCGAGCUCUGCGACGCCAGCCCGACUCCCAGGAUUCAGCAGACUCCACCUCCACCGUCUCCUCCUAUCACCCUUCCUCCUCUCUCUCCUCCAACGCGUCUGGUUCUCCUUCCCCUCACUACAGGUUCCGUUCCUCCUCCUCCGGGCCCUUACUCACCUCCUGCAGCCUGGGGACCCCUUUGGCCGAGGCAGAGGGGGGCCAAAGUACCGGGAAAACACGCCACAGGCUCAGGCUGAGCCGCAGCUCGCCACGUGAGCCCUCGGGAAGCCAUCGGAGGGAGUCGGACUUCGGCUCGGGGCCGCAGCAGCUGGUUCUGUACGGCAACAACGAGUUCAUGGUUUGACCCCGAAGCCGACCAUUCGCGGGAGGCUGAGUGAGAAGGGGAGGAAGACGAGUUUAGGGCAGAAUGAGGCUGGUCAUGGGGCAAGGUUUACGCCAAGAGUCGCCUGCUGCCCCUCCUUGGUGCCCAGCCUUACCUCCUCCCUUGGUCCAGUCAAAGCAGGAAGGAGAUUCUGACAGAGAGGGACAAAAACAGCAGCUGGUCACUGAAGGAUGACUGACGACUAAUGUGAAAUCUGGAGAGAAGCAAAAAGACAAGUUGAACUGUGUUCGCUGAUCCUCUGAUCUGAACCGUUUGACCCCUGCUGGAGCCCCAGGGGUCAGUCAGAGGAGAGGGAGGGGUGGGGGAAGAGGAAGGGAAGGACGGGUGGCGAGACACAGGACACCACACCCACACCUGCAAAGCCAAACCUUUCAGAGCCUCGUCUUUAUUUUUUAGCAUGCGGGCAGAUGGUGAAAGCCCCCCAAAAGAAAUGUAGCCAUACUGACCGAACUGGCGGACAACCAACUUGUCUGUAACCAGCACCAAGCUAAGUCUGCUUUUCUCGUUUACACAGGACACACCAGCCAAGAGGCUGCAUGCUUCUCCAUCACAAUUUUUCUACAUCAGUUUGAAGAAACUGUCUCUUACAGCUGUAUGUUAAUUAUUAUUAUUAUUGUUAUUAUUAUAUUAAAGAGGAGGAAAAAAGUGUACAUAAAGAGACAGUCCAGUGCUGCUGCUGGGUUGCUGGGUUGCUCAUCGGUGAUCAGUCUCUACGGCCUGUUUUGCAAAUAUAAGUAUCUGAAAUUCAGGUUCCACUUUUGUUUCUGUGUCGGUUCUCCUCUGUUUACUGCUAGCUUCUCCCGUUUUUAAUAUUACACAAUGAACAGAGAGCACUUUGGUUGCACUCUUGAGUCGUAAAAGAAUUUGAAAAAAAAAAAUGAAAGAAAAAAAGCCACCAACCUGCAGUUGUAGCGCAGAGCGUCGGGUGUCACGCGAACUUGACCUGCAGUAUCAGAUGUCAGUCAGCCAUAUGUGUUUUGUUCUGUCUUUCUUUGCCCGCAGCCUUUUAUUACCCCCCACCCCCACAUUUCAGAAACUUCAGUGUUACUGCGUCAGAACUUGAAUUUUUCUCUUUUAAUAUAUAUUAUUGCUGUAUUAUAGUGUACAUGUUGGUAUUGCUGUCAAUAGUUUUUGUUCAGAUGAAAGCCAUCGUUUUGUUUUUUCUUUCCGAUCUUUAUUAUUUGUUGGAGUGAGUGAACGAGUGAAUGAUCCCUUCCAUUUUUAUCAGCUCCCACUUUGUGCAUGUUUAGCCUCUCCUCCGUAAAUAUUCUUAAUGGAAGGACUGAAAAAAAAAAAAAAAGAAGCUCUACAUCCGUCGUGUGACACUAAAACUAACUGAUGUGAGAUUAAAAGGGUUAGUCUGAGCUUUACUGCACCUGUGGGGAAACACUUGCACUCAUCCAUGCACUCAAACCGUCCACGAUGUCCUCUGAGCCAUGCCUGUUCUUCUUCUUCUUCACCAGUACAGUAGCUCCCCUCCCGGCUCUGGGUGUGAUAAGUAGCAUUUAAUCUGCCUGUUAACCUGUCAACAAAAAAACAAGUAGCAACUAACUCAAACCGUUCGUGUGUUUCUGCAUAUUCUUCCUCUCUUUCCUGUCUCUGUCCAUAAAGUAUCCAUACAGUAUCCGUGUGAUGUUGAGAUUCUUCUCAGUAGCUAAACAGCGAUCACGUCUCCGUGAUAAAGCUGCGAUCUCUCUUUGCUUGCCGCGUCUCUGGAGGAACUUUAAAAGCUGGAAGUCUCAGUGAUGAUUUAGUGUUUGUUUUUUUGGUUUUUUUAGUAUCACUUUGAACCAUUUAGACAUGAAAAAAAAAACCUGUUUUUGGAGUUGAGCUGAAAGGGCACGGCUGAUUCUGGUCAAAUGUCUUUUAGCUGAUAUUUGAUGGGAUGAUGUUUGUUGUGUAUGUCUAAGCUGUCCAUGUGGAGAAAAAAGAAGAAAAAAAAGGAAAAAGUGAAUGUACCUGUCACUGGAAGGCAUGCUCUGCUUUCUUUGGUUGUUUUUGGUUUUGUUCCUCUUUUAUACACAGUGUAUGUACUAUUUAUGAUCAUGCUUUUGGGAUGUACAUUGAUUUAAAAAGAAUCUGUUAUAAAAAGGUGUUAUAAAAGGAUAUAUUAUCCUGUGUACGGUUCAUUAUCUACUAUUACUCAUGGCGACAUUUUAACAGGCCGUACUCGGUCACUCAUUUUUUGUGCUAUAAAGCAAAAAGCAAAAAAACAAAACAAAAAAAAGCCUUGUGUCUGUCUGCGCCACUCUGGACACAGUUAUCACAGUAUGUAUGUAUAAGGUGCGAUUUGUGUUACAUUUCCUCUUUUUUUUUAAUGAUAUAAACAUGUCUAUGGUUGUAAGAAGAAAAAAAAGACUUUAUGAGGGAAAAUCCAUCUGCUUAUUAAAAAAGCAAAAUUGCAGCCAAGCACGAGUGAGUUGAGUCAUCUUUUGAACCUGACUUCACGAACCAAAAGAAGCUCACACAAUCAUUCACUUGGUCAACACCAACAAAGGAUCCAACCUGAAAUAAAAUCACAAGAGACAUUUUCGCUUGUGCAGAGCCCACCUGCAGUACCACCACCCACCACUAGUGGGAACUGUCCC